ACGGCGUCGUCUUGUACGUGGACAGGAUGAAGUUGUGAAGAAUGCUGCUAAUGAUUCAAAACAACAUGUAUCACAGUGUGGUUCAAAACAACAUGGUGCCACACCACGAGGGCUUCCUACUACUGAAGCGGAAGAUGCGCUCCAGGAUGGCACUGAAGCGGAAGAUGCACCCCAGGAUUUGUCUUCGUCUUUGACUGGGGCAUUGACCUUAGGUGGCAUGGUGAAUCUCGAAGUGCCUGGUUGCGUCCAAACUACAGAUGGUCGACUCUUCGCGCUUCUGGUUUCGCCUGCUUCGAUACCAAAGGAAAUACGAAAGCUGGAAAGGUUUACUCAGCGUUGGAGAGGAAUGCACAUUGAUGAAGCUGAUGCGUCGCGUAGGAACCACUACAACAGGUUGCAUUCUUUACAAAGGUUAAAAAGGGAAAGGAAAGACUGGAAGGAAACUGGAGAUUCUGAACAUGUUGAAGAUGAAGCUUCGACGAGAUCGAAAGGGGAUAUUACUGGUUUACGUUUGCCGAUACAGAAUCAUAGUCACGUCGUCACAGGAGAACGAGAAGGAGAACGACCUGUCUAUCACGUAACACUAGGAUGGAGCUCGCCGUAUAAGGCAAAAGAUGCGGGACUUCUUGCACAGCGUGCUUGGGAUCUAAGGCGAAGGAUCAGGGAUGUGUCGCAAGGCUAUCUUCAAUUAAGGCUCAGCUUUCAAUGGUCAUUGGGGUUGGUCACUGAGAUCGAAGAGGCGACCCCUUGAGAGAACAGGGGAAAACGAAGGGAAAGGGGAGAGCUUUGAAGGGGGUCCCUUCCGUUCAGAGUCAUGCUGACCAUUGAAGGCUGAGCUUUAAUUCAAGGCCAUAAAAGAUUGUCCUCAGAUGAAUCAGGCUAUGAUCAAGGAUCUGACCGUCUGUCCCCAGUAGAGUCAGUGACUCGAGACUUUGCUCUUUCUCAAUGUUAUUCGCAUGCGGAUAAAGCAAAAGGCGUUGCUCUUCCUCAAGGUGAUAAGCAUGUGGAUAAAGAAGCGCUGUCAGGUGGUCCCGCUCAAGAUUAUAAGUGUGUAUUUGAAGCGAAGGACUAUAUGGUUUUCGAAAGUACUAUCACUGAAGACUCUAAGCCAGAAGACUCUCCCUCUAUGCCGCCGUCUGCAAGCACUUCACCAUACACAGCAACGUCGACACAUUCGAUGAAUUCCAUACGCGUAACACUCUUCAAACAAUCCGUGAUGCUCUGCGGUGCAAGAUUUCAGGAGUUUUGGUAUUGAACUUCAGGUUUUUUUGCCGAAACCUUCUCCUAUUCUCAGUACUCCAACCGUUCUCUGCUACUCCACUACGCGAACAUCCUAGAGCUUGACAACAACGACAACCCCAUUGUGCGACACCCUUGCUAUCUAGGUUGAGCCCCAUUGUGCGGCUUUCUUGCUGUCUCUGAAUCGCGGACAGUUGUACUUAGCGAUGAAUGACCGGAAAGGGAUUCCAGAAGAUCGUCUCCUACACCUCCACAUCCAAUUAACACGACAGAUACCACAUAUCAGCCACAUCACUCAAACUCAAACUCGAACUUGCGUGAUGUCCUAUAGCACUAUACCGCAAUCCCGGUUUCACCAUACAUCAUCAAGUACGAGCAAAUUUUGUCCUACCACAGCGUCCUGCGGGAUAGGUUG